AUGGCCGACAAUCUCUCCCAAACCUUAUCAGCCCGCUGCUUCCUCCCAAACGGCAAGACUCGUGUCGGCAGGGCCCUGCAUGCGCCCAGGAGCAGCUCGCCUCCCGAUGCCGGCAAGAAGCGCGGUCGCCCAAGAAUGGCACCCGACGCCGACACCUCGCGCCUGGACCGUCGCGCGCAAAUCCGAUAUGCUCAGCGCACGUACCGGCACAAGAAAGAUGUCAUGUACCGGAACAUGGAGACCCGUCUCGCAGAGCUCGAGGGGGCCAUGGGCCGUCUAUCAGACUCAAUCGCCGACUUCCAUGACAUGGCUGUCGAGUCAGAUCUCCAUGUUACCCAUCCGCAACUAUUCGAGCAUCUGAGCGUCACUCUUUCCUAUGCGAAACGGGUGACUCCCGGUAUAGAGAAUGAAUCGCCCAAGGAUCUAGACCUUCCCACCAUUAUUCCUACCGGGACGAAUUCUAGAGACCCAUCUUCGUUUGGGUAUAUAGUCAACCGCCGUGACGAUAUGGACUGCGAAAUACUUCUAAAUGAUACCCAAAACCUUGCCCCCGAACCUAAUCGACCACAAAAGAAUCAAGUCUUUUGGCCCCUCCCCGGAAUCUCAAGCCACACCUACAGCUUCCAAGAACGCGAUCCCUCCAGAAUGCUGCAGCGAUACUGUCUCGAGCACAUCUACCGCCUGUUUACCGACCCGCGCUCCGACCCGGAGGAAUUCUACCGCGUCUUUCGACUGGUUCCCUGUGUGAAGUACAAAGAGAAGAUGAGCCGCUACCUAUUCUGCCUUGUGCGCUCAAACUCGCAUGAACCUCUCGAGAUUCCCGCUCUACCGUUUUACUGCAUCGGUGGUGCUGGAACGCACUAUCCAGAGGUCAAAGAUGGGAAGCCUGUCUACCCUGAACGCAUGCGUCUCCCCAGGCGUGCGCUAGGGAAUGUGGUCAGUCUGUGUUCUGACGAGAAUAUAUCGUCAAUUGAUAGGGGGGAACUGUUGAGACUCGCUGGGUUAGAUGGGGCGUGGCUUGAUUGCCGUGAUGUGAUCGGGUAUCUCGAUGAGAAGGGGAUUCUGGACCGGAAUGGCCCAAAGAGCACGCAGGCUAAGGAGGGUGCCGAGCAAGCAUCAUGGACACUGGACGUGGAUGGGUUCUUCCAAUCUAUCCUGGCCAGCAUGGUUGUCCUCGGAAGAUCCCCCGGUUUCAGAUUCACCGACGUUGAGACGGCUUUUACGACUAACGUGCGAUACGACUCGAAGUGA